CCUGACGCGGCUCGGUGACGCCAUCACUACGAGCCGAGCGGGGAGAGGGAAGGGAGGGGGGGGAGGCGAGGUGCGCGGCCCGGGACCUUUCCCCGCUGAGGUGCCGGGCGCCAUGGCCCCCCCCAAGGACAUCAUGACCAACUCGCACGCCAAGUCCAUCCUCAACGCCAUGAACGCCCUCAGGAAGAGCAACACGCUCUGCGAUGUCACCCUGCGCGUGGAGCACAAGGACUUCCCGGCCCACCGCAUCGUCCUGGCCGCCUGCAGCGACUACUUCUGCGCCAUGUUCACCAGCGAGCUCUCAGAGAAAGACAAGCCCUAUGUGGAUAUCCAGGGCCUGACAGCCUCCACCAUGGAAAUCCUGCUGGACUUCGUAUACACAGAAACUGUUCAUGUGACAGUAGAAAACGUCCAAGAGCUGCUCCCAGCGGCGUGUCUGCUCCAGCUGAAAGGUGUGAAACAAGCUUGCUGUGAGUUUCUAGAAAGCCAGCUGGAUCCAUCAAAUUGUUUGGGCAUUCGGGAUUUUGCUGAGACACACAAUUGUGUUGAUCUAAUGCAAGCUGCAGAGGUCUUCAGCCAGAAACAUUUCCCAGAGGUGGUUCAGCACGAAGAGUUUAUCCUCUUAAAUCAAGAAGAGGUUGAAAAGCUCAUCAAGUGUGAUGAAAUUCAGGUGGACUCUGAAGAGCCGGUGUUUGAGGCCGUUAUCAACUGGGUGAAGCACUCCAAGAAGGAGCGGGAGGCGUCGCUGCCCGAGCUGCUGCAGUACGUGCGAAUGCCGCUGCUCACCCCCCGCUACAUCACAGACGUCAUCGACACCGAGCCGUUUAUACGAUGCAGUCUGCAGUGCAGAGACCUCGUAGAUGAAGCUAAGAAAUUCCACCUUCGGCCCGAGCUCAGGAGUCAGAUGCAAGGACCUAGGACAAGAGCACGUCUAGGAGCUAAUGAAGUCCUGCUUGUGAUCGGCGGCUUUGGCAGCCAGCAGUCACCUAUUGAUGUAGUGGAGAAAUACGACCCGAAGACUCAGGAGUGGAGUUUCUUGCCAAGCAUCACCCGUAAGAGGCGCUACGUUGCCACAGUGUCCCUGCACGAUCGCAUCUACGUGAUCGGGGGGUACGACGGUCGCUCCCGGCUCAGCUCGGUGGAGUGCUUGGAUUACACCUCGGAUGAGGAUGGUAUCUGGUACUCCGUGGCUCCGAUGAACGUACGGCGAGGCCUGGCAGGAGCCACCACCCUUGGAGACAUGAUCUAUGUUUCCGGUGGGUUUGACGGCAGCCGGCGGCACACCAGCAUGGAGCGCUACGACCCGAACAUCGACCAGUGGAGUAUGCUGGGGGACAUGCAGACAGCACGGGAAGGCGCGGGGCUUGUGGUAGCUAAUGGAGUUAUCUACUGCCUCGGGGGCUACGAUGGGCUGAACAUACUGAAUUCUGUCGAGAGGUACGAUCCCCACACUGGACACUGGACAAAUGUCACCCCAAUGGCCACGAAGCGCUCAGGGGCUGGAGUGGCUCUGCUGAAUGACCACAUUUACGUGGUGGGUGGGUUCGACGGGACAGCGCAUCUCUCCUCUGUGGAAGCCUAUAACAUCCGCACUGAUUCCUGGACCACUGUCACGAGCAUGACAACCCCACGCUGCUACGUGGGGGCCACGGUGCUGCGGGGACGGCUCUACGCCAUCGCUGGGUAUGAUGGCAACUCACUGCUGAGCAGCAUUGAGUGCUACGAUCCCAUCAUUGACAGCUGGGAAGUGGUGACCUCCCUGGGGAUGCAGCGCUGUGACGCUGGAGUCUGCGUCCUUCGGGAGAAGUGAUCUGGAGGGGCCUUGGCAAGAACAUGCUGAAAAGUCUCGGCUGGAGGAAGAGUCCAAAGUGGUUUGCAGUGACUGUUCUUGAGAGUCGUGGAUGCUGUGGGAACAAGCACCAGACCAGCAGCUUUCUGUGCUGCUUUUGACUAGAGCAUGUGCAUAAACGUGUUAUCUCAGCAGUCAUUCAAAAUCGGGGGCUCUGCGUGAAGGUGGUGAAGCAGGUCAGGAGAAGCUGUGCUCUCUGCUGUUCCUGUGGCUAUCGGCAGAGCAGAGAUGCCCCCAGCCUUGGUGUCAGCCUUGGUGAAUUGCUUCCAAGGAUGUGUACAUACAACCGGGUGGUCUCUUCAGCCACUGCAGGACCACACAGGUCCUG